GGUGCUUCCAUAUUUUCCCUCAUACCAAACAACGUCGUUUUGUACUAAAUCGAUUUUAACUUUGAGUGAGAAAACAGUUAAAUUACAUUAAUUAAUUAAAUAAACUAAGUACACAACACAUAAUAUAAUAAUCAAUUAAUUAAUCAUCACUAUUUAAUCAUGAAAUCUCUGCUUGAGAUCUGUUGUUAAGUAGUAAGUUGCUAUAAAUAAAAUAAAAGAGCGAUACAUUACAAGCCAUUCGCAUUUACGAGUUUGAGUGAUUAAUUAUUCUUACAUUACUUUUUCAGAUCCAGAGAAAUUCCACUCACAAAAACCACUUUCUGAGACUUUCAUCUUUCUCAUUCAUUCCUCUAAAUUCUUAGUGCAGAGGAAGAACAAGAAGAAGAAGAAGAAGAACGCACCUUUUGUUUUGUCUUAUGCACGUUCAAUUUGCCACGUCUUUGUUUUGAAAAGAAGCAAAAUUUGUGGCUGAGGAAUAUUAGGGAUGUUUAGGUUAUCUCCCAGGAGGAGUCAAAGAUCCAAAGGCUUCAAGGUGAAGCAUGCUCUACAAAUAUUUGUUCUGGUUGGUGUUUGUAUUUGGUUGGUUUACCAAAUUGGACACUCUCGCCAGAAAAAAGUGGCUUAUGGAGAAACCACGAAAUCUGGAAAUGAUGUUAUUAAGUUAGGGAGGAAGAACCUGAAUCCUCUUGUGGAGGAUACUACUGUUAUAGAUGCAAGACACAAGGAAGACGACGAUGAAGCAGAUGAACAAGACAACAAGCAUGAAGAUCAAACAAAAUUGGACGAUGUUAGUGGUGUGGAAGAUAAUUCUGAGCAUAAAGAGGAUUCGGUGGAUCAAGAGAGUGAAGAGAGUUCUCAAAAUGCUAAGACUGACAUUGAAGGUGAACAGCAUGUAGAGAAACUUGAUGAAGAGAAUGACAGUAUAGAUAACAAGGACAGUGAAAGUGUAGCGAAAGAGAAUGAGGAAAUCAAAAAGGAAUUGGAGGACACAGAAACUGGAGAAACUAGUGAUGAAAAGAGUCAGUUAGAGAAUGAAGAGAACAAAGAUGAAGAAAAGAGUCAGCAAGAGAAUGAAGAGAACAAAGAUGAAGAGAAGAGUCAGGUAGAGAAUGAAGAGAACAAAGAGGAAGAGAAGAGUCAGGUAGAGAAUGAAGAGAACAAAGAGGAAGAGAAGAGCCAGGUAGAGAAUGAAGAGAACAAAGAUGAAGAGAAGAGUCAGCAAGAGAAUGAAGAGAACGAAAAGAGUCAGCAAGAAAAUGUAGAGAACAAAAAUGAAGGGGAGGAGAAAGAAACUGGAGAAGUUAAAGAGGAAAAGAGUCAGCAAGAGAAUGAAAAGACAAGUGAAACAGACACUAAUGAUAAGGAGAAGGAAGAAAACAACCAGAAUGGGACUGACGCGAAAGAUCAAGUGGAGGAAAAUCAUGAGCAAGAUAGUAAAGAAGGGACAGAGGAGAGCAAUGGAACAGGAGGGGGAGAGAAAGAAGAGCAAAGUAAGAUUCAGGAAGAGACUUCAUCUGAAAAUCAGGUUCAGGACGGUGAAAAGAACAACGAGGCUAGGGAGGAAAAUUAUGCCGGAGAUAAUGCCUCCAGUGCUGUAGUAGAUCAUAAAUCGCAAGACAUCUCACAAGAAAGUUCUAACAAGACAGAAGAACAAUUUGACAAGAAGGGAAAAACUGAGUCUGAGUUGGAGUCUCAGAAAAAUAGUGAUGAAACUACUGAAGCCACUGAUUCUACUGUUACAGAAAACAAGCAAGGAAAUGAGAAUGAUCAGGCACAGACAGAGAAUGAUUCACAGAAGAUUUCUGUGUCAGAGUCAGGUGAGCAGAAGCAAGAGCAAGAGCAAGAGCAGAAUAACACCGCCAAGGAUGAUGUACAAACAACUGACAAACAGAAUGAAACAUCGGAAGAUGCAAACUCUAAGGAAGAGGACUCCAGCACGCAAAAUACAACGCCAAAAACCGAAGAUUCUAAAUCAGACACUGCUGGCGAUCAGACAGAUUCCACUACCACAUCUUCCUCAGAAACUCAAGACACCAAUACAAAUAAUGGUGAAUACAAGGACACCACCAAUGAAAACGCGGAAAAGAAUACUAGUCAAGAAGGAACUCAAGGGAGUGGUUCAUCAUCCAACACAUCUGACAACAAAGAUGCUACUAGCAAUGAGGUUCAACUCACUACCUCUGAUACUUCAACAGAACAAAAGAAAGAUGAAUCCUCGAGUGCAGAAAGUAAUUCCGAAUCUUCACAGAAUGACAAUGCAAACUCGGUUCAAAGCAACACAAACAGUGAUGAAAGUGCUAAUGACAACAAAGAUUCUAGCCAGGUCAGUUCAUCUGAGCAAAGUGGAGAGGCAAACUCAAACUCAGAAAACAACAGUGAUGCUAACCAGAAUGACUCGAACAACAAUCAAAAUGCUAAUGACAAUGGAAAUGCUUCACAUGAUGCCAAUGAGAAUCAGAAUGAGAACACUGCUCAGAGCAAAACAAGUGAAACUGAAGGUGAUGCUCAAAAUGAAUCAGUGGAGUCAAAAAAGGAGAAUGAGGAAUCUACUCAUAGCGAUGGAGAUAGCAAUUCUAACUCGAAUGAUCAAGGAAGUUCCGAUCCUUCAAUCACACAUGACGAUAAAGAAACUCAGGAUGAUAAAGAAUCCCGCGUAGAUUUGGGAACUUUGCCAGAAAGCAAUGGAGAAAGCAAUAAAAAAGAUGUUUCUUCUGCGGAAUGAUAAUUCAAAUUAAUCAGUUGUAUUGUAUCCUGCUACUGCUUCUGAUCCUACUUUCUAUUUUGUUUCUUUUUUGUUGAGCCAUGUAUUGUUCUUUACUUAGCAAAUAUUCUUAUCAUAUUUUUGUUUUCACAGGGUCAGAAUAAGAAUUUAGAAAUAGAGUUGUAUUAGUAAAAACUCCUUUUCUGUCUUAUAUGUAACCCGCACCAUUUCCUAGAAGAAUAAUGAUCACUUUAAAUUGUCA